GAGAAGCAGGACUCAGCGAUUUCCUCUACCAACACCCACCAUGGAACAAUAGGCGCCUUUUUUAUUUUUUAUUUUUGUCACAAAUGGAGGAUUCUGUUGAUGACUGUAGCGUCGAGAUUGACCAUGAGUACGAGUUCGACGCCUCUCAGUUCUUCGAUUUCACUAGGACCGAGGUUGAUUCUGAGAUUCAGGAGGUUGAGCGCUGGUUCCAAAUUUCUGGAGAUUAUCCCAAUUCUCCUUUUAUCGUGGAAUUGAAUAUAGGCAAAAUACUGUCUGUGCCCAGCUCCUGUAAGUCAUCAAAACCCAAAAAAGUAUGCAGCAGUUCGGAUACUGAUAGCAGGCAUGGGCUUCCCCCUUCUAAAAAGAAUGCCAAAGUAAAAGGCCAUCUUGCGGUUGAGGAUGCAGCAAAGCCGAAACCCAAGGCUUCUCAUAAUUUAUCUCAAACGCGGAGUGCAAACUUUAUGGAACCUACAGCUAGCCAUUUGGCAAAGAAAAAUGCAGUACUGCAUGACAAGCAACAAUCCAGCAACCAUUUCACAAGGUUACAGAGAAUGGGGAUCAUGCAGGACGAGAAAAUAAAUUUCAUUGGAUAUCAAAAUCAUGCAACGAAGCGACAAAAGCUUGAGACUGGGUUCUUCAACAACGUUAAUGUUCCAAGAGAACCGCAGCGGGGAACACUGCUCAGAUCACAAAGUCAAAGGUCCAAGAACAGUUCUGUAUCAAGCACAACCGAAAGCCAGGAAAGCAAGGGUCCUUUUAAAGCUCAAAAUCAUUCACACAGAAAAAUUUUGCAGUCUCAUUCGUUACCCCCUAUAAGAAAGAGCAAGACACCACUUACAGAGUUUCAAGAAUUUAACUUCAAAACUAGGGAGAGGGCCAAUCACCAUUCAUCAGCUAAGGAAAACACAUCAAAACUCCAGGAAAGUCCUCUCCCAGAGGAGUUCAACAAGCUCUCUCUGGGACCAAAGUCGAAGAGAACGUGUCAGUCAGAAAGUUCGUCCUGGGCCAGCUCCAAGACAAGUCCCACAUUCUCGGGUACGAGUCGAAGUAGCCAUGGUUCUGUUCAGCCAGAGUUGUGGACAUGUCAGCAGAGACCUAAUCAGCAUUGUGGAGCUCGUGCAAUGCCUCAUCAACCCAACAUCACUAGAAGCUUGGAUAUUCGCUGAAAUUACACAAGAGGAUUUUACUACCAAUGCUGGUGGGUGGCUAUACUAAAUUCCAUAAAAAAAAUUUACUCCAACUUUUUUUGGCAUGAUAUUUGUUUCUGAUAAAAUCAGAAGUAAAUGUAAUAUACAGUCAAAUAGAACUCAUGUUUUCUAUCAGUAACCAACUCACUAGAGC